GUCAGUGAUGAGUGAAAUUGAAGAAAGCUGGAAUGUUUGAAAAUAAACUCAAAAAUAUAAAUUCCAUUUCUUUAGUAAAUAGAAUAACAUCAUGGCAAAUUUUAGACCUGCAGGAUUAUCGGAUGAAGACUCGGACAGUGAUGAUUAUGGAUUCUAUGAAAAGCCGGCAAAGAAAUAUCAUGUGCCACAAGUAAGUGUACGUAAAACUAUUGAAAAUACCUUACAAACCACUAUUAUCAAUGGGAAUGUCAAAGAAGUGGAGAAAAUCGUCACUUGUGAUUUGCACAAUAAUGUGAACUUAAAGUUGGAUAGUGGAUGGACUCCAUUAAUGCACGCCUGCUUCCACGGACAGGACAAAAUUGUGGAUCUCUUACUAGAAAAAGGCGCUGACCCUAACUUACAUGCUGAUUCCGUCACUCCUGUUAUGGCAGCUUGCUCAAAUAGUAGCGCAAAUAAAGACACAAUUUAUUACAUAAUAACUAGAUUAAUAGAUAAAGGUUGUAUCCUGAAUAUUGGUGAUAAGUACGGACAAACUCCACUCAUGCGUGCCAUAGGUAGCGGGUUUGUUGCAGUAGUUGAAAAAUUACUAGGAGAAAACGUCAACAUAGAAAUGAGAGACCAACAAGGUUGGACAGCAUUAUUCUGGGCAGCUCACCAUAAUCAGCCUGAAAUCUUAGAAAUGCUUAUAGCUAACGGUGCAAGGCUUACCGAAGUUGACAAAUCAAGUCGGACAGCUUUGGAUAUUGCUAUGUCACAUGACCAUGUAAAUGUCAUUGAAAUUUUUAAUAAACACAUGCAAAAGGACACGUCUGAUGUAGUUGAAUAUUGCAGUACAGACAUCGAUCAUAUUAGGUCCUGGUUUGAUUUUUACCCAGGAAUUAAAAAAGGAGAUAAGCCAAAUUAUGCUUGUGAAAUCAGACAUCUUCUCUAUGGAAUGAGCUGUGAAAGGUUAACACCAUUGAUUGAAGCCAGUGGAAUGGAUUUGAAAACCUUUUUGCUCAUGGAAGAACAUGACAUGAUCAAACUAGGCGUUGACAUGCCAUACGAACGCCAAAGAUUGAGGAUAGGUCUGCACAAUUUUCAUGUAAGAGGCUGGAAGCUAAAUGCUGUUUCUGGUUUAUAUGCGCGCAAAGUUGAACAUUUUACUGUAAUAGACUGCCUAACAUCAUUGGGCUCCCACCUACAGCAAAUUUAUGUUUUGGACGCUACUCUACAAUAUGUCCUACGGGAAUACAACAAGAUUCAAAAUCAAAUUAAAUUUGAGCCUCCCGACUCACCGCUCCUUCUCAAAAUGAAGACUGCUGCCAAAAAGAUGUUGACCAACAUCAAUAGUAUUAGACGCGAGGUUAAAGUUAUGAAGAAUGUGCUUACUAAGAUAAACAAAAACAACCCUCAACCAGCGGAUCUCAUCAAAGAGAAGACCCUGCAGGAGAUAGCUGCGGGCUACGCGACCGAGGCGUUCUUCGUCUGCUCUCUGGGACUGCUAGCGUACCACGCCAAGACCUUCAUUUCUACAUUUUUAAAGAAAUAGAUAGGUACUGUUCUCGUUAUUGUUUUUCUAUUAUAUUUUUCAAAAAGAA